AUGCCAAGGACUUGUGAGCUGCAGACCCCCCCCCCGGAGGCGGAGGUGCGGGGCGCGGGGCCGCAGCGGGGCUCCCUCUGUGACCGCCGCUGCGCCGCCAUCAACAAUGCCCAGGGCGACCUGGGUGACCUGCCCUCGGGCUCCCACCCCCAUGGCCUCCUCGCCCCCCGCCUGCUGCCCGUCGGCGCCUGCCAGCAGCACUCGGACGAGGCGCUGGCUUGCGAGAGCUGCCCGGGGAAGACCAGGCUGACGGCCGAGAACGUGAUGGAGGCCAACAAGCUCUCCAACAACUACAAGUUCGGCUUCAAGAAGCGGAAGAGCCACGUGACGGCCUGGCCGUGGGAGGACCGCUUGGAGAUCGUGAAGGAGCUCUACUCUGACCUCAACGUCAUCAAGGGCCCCGGAGGCUCCACGGUGACGUGCGGCAAUGUGCUCUACCUGCUGCUCUUCGGCUGGUGGCUGGCGCUGCUCUACCUGCUGGUGGCCGCCGUGAUGUUCCUCACCGUGGUGGCGGCUCCCUGCGGGCGGCUCUGCUGGGACCUGGCCGGCUACUUCCUCUGGCCCUUUGGCAAAGUGAUCCAGCGGGUGGAGGUGACAGUGAGCCCCCGGGCGUCCCCCGAGGCUGCCGGCGCCCAGGAGACUUCGGCCUUGCUCGGCGGCCCGGCGCCCCGCCACUGGCACCCCGUGGACCCCGGCCACCGGCAGCACGCUGCCGCCGUGGCCUGGCUCUGCCUGGGCUACCCGGUGCUGGCACUGGCCCACGAGCUGGUCUGUUUUGUCGCCUGGCUCCUCAUCUUCCUCAUCCCUGUGGCCAAGAUGAGCGCCCGCACGGCCUGCCGGGUGCUGCUGCUGCCCCCGGAGCGGGUGUGCAUCUGGCGCCUGUGCAUGACAGAGGUGCCGCUGGAUGUGGAGGUGAUCCUGUGCUGCUACCGUGCCGUGAACGCCUACUACUACAAGUACGCCGUGGAUGGCAUCAAUGUCUUCACCGUCAACCUGCUGCCGCUGGUGGUGGUGACGCUGGUGCUGGGCUGCGUGGAUGGGCGCAACCGGCUGACGAGCUCACCCCUGAAGUUCGCCCUGGCCCUGCUCUCCAUCAUGCCCCUCUCCUACUACAUCGGCAUGGCCAUCGCCAGCGCCCUGUCUCCAGCCACCUUUGGCUCCAUCACGGAGCUCACCUUCUACAUCACGGAGCUCAUCAAGGGCAUCCGUGAGGGCAACAACUGCUACGAGGAGAUCAUCAAGGCCGCGCUCACUGGCACCCUGGUGGGCUGCGUCCUCCUCGUCCCGGGCUUGUGCAUGGUGAUAGGAGGCAUCCGGCACCAGGAGCAGAGGUUCAACAGCCGCUCGGCGGGCAUCAGCUCGGCUCUGCUCUUCCUCUCCGUGGGAGGCGUCUUCGCCCCAACGCUCUUCUCCAAGGUAUACGGGAAGUUGGUGUGUGGCGAGUGCCACGUCACCCAGAACCUGCUGGGCCGCUACCUCUGCCAGAGCUGCCACUUCGACCUGAUGCAGAACAAUGGCAUGCUCUACUGCAGCCAUGUCCAGCCCCUGGUGUACACAGUGUCCCUGCUGCUCCCCGCCGCCUACCUCAUCGGCCUCUUCUUCACCCUGAAAACUCGCUCGCACAUCUACAACAUCCACAUCAGCGACUGCCACAUGCCCGGCCACCACCACAGCGCUGUGGUCCACUGGUCUCAGUGGAGGGCGCUGGUCAUCCUCCUGCUGUCCAUACUCUGCAUGUCGGCCUGCGCUGACCUGGCCACGGAGCACAUCAGCCCCAUCCUCACCAACUCCACCAUCUCCCAGUACUUCAUCGGGGUCACUGUGCUGGUCAUGGUGCCUGAGCUGCCUGAAAUCGUCAACGACAUCCAGUUUGCUCUGCAGAACAACCUGAGCUUGAGCAUUGAGAUCGGGAACUGUAUUGCUGUCCAGGUGUGCAUGCUGCAGAUACCCAUCCUGGUGCGCUUCACCAUCUUCUACCCCACCAACUUCACAUCGGUCUUCAGUGACCCGCACGUCUAUGCCAGCAUGUUCAGUGUGGUUCUCAUGAACUACGUCUUCAUGAAUGGCAAGUGUGACUACUUCCAAGGCACUGUGCUGGUGAUGGUCUACUUCAUCCUCUUGGCUGUGUAUUUCUUUGCACCUUCACCCAGUAGCUGCUGAGGCCUGGACUCUGCUUUCUCCAGCCCUCCUGCUGGGUCAGCGCCUCGCAGGGCGCAUCUCGUGUCUCAGGGACUUGGCUGGGCUGGCUCCAGUCUGGAAGUGUUGCUUGCGACGAGUCUGCCGCUGUCGUCUCCCCCAGCUCUCGCGGUGGGGUGCAACGGGAAUGUCCAUGCUGGGAAAGGUGGUGGCAGCAGGAGCACUCCUGAACCAAGAAGGAGCCUUAAUGCCAGAGCACUUCACAGAGGUAUUUCCAGCACAUGUGUGUGGAUGGAAGGAAAAUGGUCCUUAGUGGAGGGUCUUCAAGGAGGCUUCCAUGUGGACUUGAGGACAGACCCUUCCCUGGAGAAGUGUUGCACUGGGAGAAGGUGCCGGAGAAGAGUCUCUUGCCCUUCCAAGCUGGAGGCGAUCCCUGCUUCCCCAGGGCCUGAACCCAGGCCUGGAGGGGACUCUCUCCCACAGGAUCACACGAGGCUUUUGGAUGGUACUUGAAACACACCAAACGUUUUCUUGCAGCUGUUUUGUCAUUAAAGCAGUUUUGUACAAACUGGAAAUAA